AUGCCCGAGCUUCCCAACGUUCCAGGAACUGAACCCGAGCGUGCAGUCCUCGAUUCGUUCAGGACAGCAAUUGCCAGGCUCGUUUCUGACGCUCUACCACCACUUACAGUCGAACAGGCCUACCAGGGUGUCGACUAUGGAAAAAAGGGCGCUGACUUCACUGUUGCAGUGCCUCGCUUCCGUCUCUCCGGAAAAGUAGACGAGCUAGCAAAGAAGGUUUUAGAUAAGUUCCAACCAAACGAAUGGAUUGAGAAUGUCAUCCAUGAUAAAGCCUUCCUCCACUUCACCUGCCGGACCCCCUCAUUAGCCCGCCUUAUCCUCACACAAGUCCACGAUCUCACCUACAACACCGAGUCUCAUCAGCCGGAGUAUGGUACAAAUACGAGCGGAAAGGGCAAGAAGGCCGUCAUCGAGUACUCAUCACCAAAUAUCGCCAAGUCAUUUCACGUCGGACACUUGCGCAGCACGAUUAUCGGCGCUUUCCUCACAAACCUGUAUCAGGCGAACGGCUGGGAGGUUACUUCACUCAACUACCUUGGUGACUGGGGUACUCAGUUCGGUCUCAUCGCCGUCGGCUUCGAGAAAUACGGAAACGAGGAGGAGCUCCAGACGGACGCUAUCAAGCACUUGCUUGAGAUCUACAUCAAGGUCAACGCCGAUGCGGAGAAGGAUCCGAGUGUCAAGGUUGAGGCCGCUAAAUUUUUCAAGCGUAUGGAGGAUGGUGACGAGUCCGCACUAGUCAACUGGCGGAAAUGGCGAGAACUGUCCAUCAAGAAGUAUGCUGAGGAGUACGACCGAUUGAAUGUCCACUUCGACGAGUACAUUGGCGAGAGCUUGGUCGGAAAGGAGUGGCAGGCUAAGGCUAUUGAGCGACUCGAGGAGAUGAACCUCAUCGAGGACCACGAGGGAGCCAAGCUCGUUAACCUUGAAAAGUGGAAGAUGGGUCGUGCAGUCCUCCGGAAAAAGGACGGUACAUCGAUCUAUCUUACCCGUGAUAUUGGUGGCGCCAUUGAGCGGUACGAGAAGCACAAGUUCGACAGGAUGAUCUAUGUUAUCUCCUCGCAGCAAGACCUUCACAUGCAGCAGUUUAUGAAGGUCAUAAAACUCAUGGAGUUCCCUUGGGCCGAUCGCAUCGAGCACAUUAACUACGGUCUCGUGCUCGGCAUGUCCACCCGUAGGGGUACUGUCGUCUUCCUGGACCAGAUUAUCCAAGAAGCUGCGUCGGUUAUGCACGAGCACAUGAGGCAGAACGAGGAGAAAUAUGCUGCAAUCGAGAACCCUGAGUACGUCGCGCAAGAGGUCGGCAUUUCCGGUAUUAAAAUCCAGGAUAUGGCUGCCAAACGGCAAGUAGGAUCGCUUAAUGCCAGAGUUCCUCUACUGACAAUCAACAACUACACCUUCAACUGGGACCGUAUGCUCUCCUUCGAGGGCGACACUGGCCCUUACCUCCAAUAUGCACACGUCCGACUCGCCUCCAUCGAGCGUAACAAUCCCCAGCUCAUACCCCUCCCCGCCCCAGCUGCUAUCAACACUGACCUCCUCGUUGAGCCUUCCGCACGCGACAUUAUCUUUCUCCUCGGUUCGUACCCCGAUGUCGUCAAAACCGCGCUCAAGACGUCCGAGCCGAGCACGGUCGUCACCUUCUGCUUCCGCCUCGCACAUGCGAUCUCAAGUGCAUGGGAGACUGUUAUCGUCAGGGGCGAACAGGACGUAGAGAAGGCGCGAGCUCGCAUGUGGCUGUACCUUUGCACGCGGGACGUACUUGGUGCGGCAAUGCGGCUGCUCACGCUCCGCCCAUUAGAGCGCAUGUAA